UCAAACUAUUGCCAAAAUCAAAGUAUUGAAUCAAAUAUUCACAUAGUAUGCACAAGUAAUUAUUUGCAAAAAACAAACUAUUUUGACUUUUGGUUUAUAAACUAUUGCAAAAAUCUAAACUAGGGUCAUUUAGAUAAUUUGACUUUUGGUUUAAUUUUUUGCAGUAUUAGCUAAUAUAUAUAUACUUCGUAUAUAUUACAGUAUUUAACAUAUACAAGCUAAGUAUAUUGUUGGAACAAUCACAAUCUUUUAUAAUGCUUUGUACCAAUUUUAAUAGUUUUUGUUGAUAGAAAAUCAAAGAUUUUGAGAAUGGAUUGAAGUUGUAUGUUGAAAAAUGUAACCUAUCAAAAAAUAAUAAAUAAAUAAGAAAACAAUAAUAAUAAUAAAAAAAAAAUUAAAAAUUAAGACAUCAAUUUUUUUACAUCUAAGUCUUAUUAUAUGUAACUUUGGUGUAUUAUUUGUAAGAUAUAAAAAAUACCAAAGUUGCAUGUAAUACAAAUCGGAGGUAGUUUUUAUUACCUACCGAGAAUUGGAGAUAGAUUUGUCAUGCAUUUAGAAACAUAAAACCAUAUCUGCAAGUCUGCAACAACUAUUUGAGAGAAAGUUUUGUCACUAUUAAGACAUGUACUAUCAAAAGGAGAAUGUUAUUACUCCGUAACAUAAGGCAAUAGUUAUCUAGAUACUUGAAUCAUAUGUACGUUUGUUAACCACAAAAACAAACGGUGCAUUGGUACUUAGAAAGUUGUAAGAGAUUAACGAGAAGACUUUGACGCAGUCUAUUUGGACUACUGUUGGCCUGUUGCACACUUGCACCUAGAAUAAAUAAAUAAAAAAAACAGCAUACAUCUUUCAUUCGCACAGAAAACAAGCACAGCAAAGGUAUAAGAAUGUUUUUACAUAUUUUUGCUGUAUUGUGGGCAGCUAUAGCUGCAUCUGGUGCUCACUCACAAACAACCCUUCCGAAUUGCCCCGAAAAGUGUGGAAACCUAUCCAUUCCUUACCCAUUUGGCAUAAAAGAUGGAUGUUUUUAUGAUAGUAUAACUGCAACUAAUGGUUUUGACACUAAUAUCUAUAGUCUCCAUUGCAGCGACAGUACAGAUCCUCCUACAACAUAUUUAGGUGAUGCAGAGGUAGACAAGAUAACUUUAGAUGGUGAAAUUUGGGUACGUCACCCCGUAGCAUAUGAUUGCUAUGCCUAUCAUAGUACAAAUGGGCAGAUCAUGGAUCAUACUAUAUAUAACGCAACUAACAGCAGUUUAUAUAAUAAUGGGUUCACAUUUUCAUUGACCCAAAAUUCUCUUGUCGCGUUGGGGUGUGAUACAUACGUAUGGUUUGUUGGUGCUGAUUGGCGAACAAAUGAAACAACAAAGAUUCGUUCAGGGUGUAUGACUCUGUGUGACAAAAAACAAGCAAAGAUUUUCAGUGCUAGUAAAAAUAAUGUAUGCUCUGGGUUUGGCUGUUGCAAGGCCUUGAUUCCUGAUGGAGUAACCUUAGUCAGCAUAACGGCUCGCAGUUUCAAUGAUCAUAAGAGAGUGGUGGAUUUCAACCCGUGUAGUGUUGCAUUUGUGGUCGCAAAUGAAGCUAUACCCUCUAAUGUUGCGCACUUUCUGUCCAAAGACGUUUCUUUCUUCCAGAAGUUGCGGCUUCCUGUUGUUUACGAUUGGUCAAUUAUUGGAACGGAAGAUUGUAAAACUGCACAAGCAGGUCAGAAUUACAUUUGCAAGGGAAAUAGCGUGUGCCUUGACUUUAAGAAGGGAUAUCGCUGCCAAUGCAAGCCUGGAUUCGAGGGUAAUCCCUACCUUCAUGAUUGCAAAGAUAUUGAUGAAUGUGCGCUCGACAGAAAUGUGUGUAAAUUCCCAGCAUAUUGUGUCAACACACUUGGAAGUUAUCAUUGUAUCUCUAGUGAUCUAAGCGACCGAUACAAACUGUUAGUAGGACUGAGUCUUACCUUAGGAUCAAUACUUUUGUUUCUCGUUGGUUGGUGGUUAUAUAAACUGAUAAAAAGAAGACAAGCUAUCAAGCAAAGAGCUAUAUAUUUCAAGAAAAAUGGUGGAUUGUUGUUGCAACAACAAAUGUCUUUGGGUGAAGGAGUUGUUGAAAGAACACAAAUCUUCACUGUUGCUGAGCUACAGAAAGCCACUGAUCACUUUAGUGAGGAUAGAAUCCUUGGACAAGGAGGCCAUGGGAUGGUCUAUAAGGGAAUGUUGGGCGAAGGAAAGAUUGUCGCCGUGAAGAAGUCGAAGAGAUUAGAGGAAAGUGAAAUGAGGGAAUUCAUCAAUGAAGUGGCUAUCCUAUCACAAAUUAAUCACAAGAAUAUUGUGAAGUUGUUAGGAUGUUGUUUGGAGACGGAAGUUCCGUUACUAGUUUUCGAGUUUAUUCCUAAUGGGACCCUUUUUCAUCAUAUUCAUUAUCCAAGUGAAGAGUUUCCGAUCACUUGGAAAAUGCGUUUGCAAAUUGCUUCUGAUUUGGCCGGAGCACUUGCCUAUUUGCAUUAUUCAUCUUCAAUCCCUAUCUUUCAUAGGGACAUCAAAUCUUCAAACAUACUUUUAGAUGAAAAGUACAGGGGAAAGUUAUCAGAUUUUGGAACUUCAAGACUUGUUGAUGCUGAUCAAACUCAUGUAACUACUCGUGUUAUGGGCACAUUUGGUUAUUUGGAUCCGGAGUACUUUCAAACCAACCAAUUUACCGAAAAAAGUGAUGUUUAUAGUUUUGGUGUUGUCCUCGUUGAGCUUUUAACAGGACAAAAGGCAAUACGUGCUAUAUCAGAACAAGAUAGAAGUUUAACAUCAUGGUUCCUCUCACAUAUGGAAAACUCUCAUCUACUUGAUAUCAUAGAUUCUCAAGUCCUGCAAGAAGAUAGUAAGGAAGAGUUUCACAUAAUUGCUAACUUGGCAACGCGAUGUUUAAACUUAGAUAGAAAGAGAAGACCCUCCAUGAAAGAAGUGCUACUGGAGAUAGAGGCAUUUUUGUCACUUUAUUUACCACAAAUGAAUGAAUCAAAGACACCAAAACCUGAUCAAGUGUUUGUCCAUGGAGCAACCAAUGGUUCAUUCAUCAAUUGUGCUUCAAGUUCUAGCACAUUUUAUUUGCCAGGCAAGUCUUUAAGUUCUGCUGAGGCUUCUCUUUUAUUCAAUCCUAGAUGAUGCAGAGAUUUUCAAUCUAGGGUCGUUGUAUUAUGAUAAAAUUGAAUAAUAUUAUCGUGUAUAAGCCUAUUCCCUUUCCGUUUUGUUUUCCUGUUUUUCUUUGAAGGGCCUAAUUUUUGUUAAUCAUACAAACUCUUUACUAAAUCGGAGCUGGUCGUAUCCACCACGACACUACAUUUAGAGUCCUAUACGUACCAAGUCAACUAUGUCAACUGAUCUCAUGUAGGCUUGCACAUGCUAACUAGUAAUAUGUAAAAACUUUCACGAGUCACGUGAAAUCUUAUCAAACUUGUGUUGAUAUUAUCGAUUUUGUAACUUUUACUUACCGGGA